CAUCACCACCCAUCAAUCCAAAGAAUCCCCCCCAAACGCCACCGCCUCCCCUAGGGUUUUCGCUCCGCGAGCCGGAUCAGGUCGAGCCCGGGGUCGGGGGAUCCGCGCCAUGGCGUCGCGUCCGUCGCUGAAGGCGAAGCCCAAGGGCAAGGGCGGGAGGAAGGACUCCGCCGCGGCCGCGGCCGACGGGGAGGCCACCAGGGCGGCGACCGCGGUGCGGCUCGUCAAGGAGUGGACCACGUGGACGAUGAAGACGGCCAAGGUGGCGGCGCACUACGGCUUCAUCCCGCUCGUCAUCGUCAUCGGCAUGAACUCGGAGCCCAAGCCCUCCAUCUCCCAGCUCCUCUCCCCCGUCUGAUCGGGCCUCCCCCGGCAGGGCCCCCCGGAUGCGGUCGGUCUCGCCUGCUCUCGUAGUAGUUCAUAGCUGGUUGGUUGUUUUCACAUGUGCUGGAUCGAGUUGGUGAGGGUUGGCGAGUCCGUGAUGCUUCUGGGAGCAGGUUGAGCGUAAUAAUUUCUUGUUGGCGGAUGUGUCUUCUAUAGAACGGACCAAAUCCGUUAAGUUGGUUAUAUGAAUCUGCUAUGCUAUUAAUGUGAUGGUAUGAACUAGAUCCAUGUUCAUCUGUGAUCUGUUUUUA